UUCACCUCCCUCCCCUCGCUCUCUCUGCUCUUUCGGCUCUCGCACGGUUCAACACCUUCCAGACCACCCCUUCAACAGGUCCACUUCUUCCUGUCUUCACAUCAUGGUCAACGCCCCCGAGAUCAAGGCCAACGGCGCCUCGUCGUCCUCGUCCGCCCUGAUCGAGCAGCCCAAGAAGGGCGACGUGCGCAACCGCGCCGGCAUCGCGUCCUACACGGCCCACUGGGACAAGUCGUCGUCCAAGGACACGGUCGAGCACACUGAGGCGCGCAAGGACCACUACACCGACGUCGUCAACGGCUACUACGACGGCGCGACCGAGCUGUACGAGUACGGCUGGGGCGAGAGCUUCCACUUCUGCCGCUACUACCCGGGCGAGCCCUUCUACCAGGCCAUCGCCCGCCACGAGCACUACCUCGCCCACAACACGGGCAUCAAGCCGGGCAUGCGCGUCCUCGACGUCGGCUGCGGCGUUGGCGGCCCCGCUCGCGAGAUCGCUCGCUUCACCGACGCCAACAUCACGGGCCUCAACAACAACGAGUUCCAGGUCCUGCGCGCGCGCAAGUACACGGCCAAGGCCGGCCUGUCCAAGCAGGUCCAGUUUGUCAAGGGCGACUUCAUGGCGCUCAAGGAGCAGUUUGGCGCCAACAGCUUCGACGCCGUCUACGCGAUCGAGGCGACGUGCCACGCGCCGACGUGGGAGGGCGUGUACGGCCAGAUCUUCGAGGUGCUCAAGCCGGGCGGGACGUUCGGCGUCUACGAGUGGUGCAUGACCGACUCGUUCGACCAGUCGAACCCGAAGCACAAGGAGGUGCAGCACGGCAUCGAGCUCGGCAACGGCAUCCCCGAGAUGCGGCCGAUCGCGGCGGCGCGCAAGGCGCUCGAGGCCGUCGGGUUCGAGAUCGUGCACGAGGAGGACCUCGCCAACCGCGGCGACAAGGUCGACUGGUGGUACUCGCUCUCGGGCGACCUGCGCAAGGCCCAGACGUGGUGGGACCUCGCGACCGUGUGGCGCAUGACGACCCUCGGCCGCAACCUGACUGGAUACGGCGUCUGGGCGCUCGAGAAGGCCGGCCUGGUCCCCAAGGGCACGUGGGACGUCCAGGAGACGCUCAAGAUUGCCGCCGACUCGCUCGUCGCCGGCGCCAAGCUCGACCUGUUCACGCCCAUGAUGCACUUUGUCGCCCGCAAGCCCGAGUCGUCGUCCGAGUAGUCGCAUCUCUCCCUGUACUCCCCUACCUCCUUACUCGCAUUGCCAAACUAUCCUUACACCUAGCGUUC